AUGUCCACUCCGGCGAAAACAGUCGCCGAACAGAAAUCACUACAGAAAGCGAAGCAGGAAGUGUCUAAAAUGGAGGAGCAGCUGAAGACUCUCUCUCAUCAGAGAGGGGCAGUGAAGGGCAAACUUACGCGUGUGAAAAGUGCUAUCGAGCACAGUGAUGGUGCACCCAACCCGAACAUUAUGAAUUUGCAUUUUCUUGGGUUGCAUCAAAAAACAAUCGAACAAUCGUACCGAGAAUAUAACGAGUUCCAAAACUUGAUCCACGCCCUGCCCCUCUCUGAGGAGAGACGAGCCGAACAAGAAGCAAAAUACAUCGAGUUCGAGACGAUGUACACCGAUCUGUCGAUUCGGCUGAGUAUGCUGAUGGAAGCGGCCACGAAGCAAAAAGAAGAACAAGAAGCGGCAACGAAGAAGAAUGUCGUCGCCGUCGCAGCGCCGCCGUCGUCGGUCACACUCGGAACAGCCAUGCCUUACCUUCCCCCACUUCAAGCGCCGCUGCCGACCUUCGAUGGGUCGUAUGAACGAUGGUUUUCGUUUAAAUCCAUGUUUACGACCAUCAUGAACCGAUACCCGCAUGAAGAUCCAGCUAUCAAACUUUACCACCUACGCAACUCGCUUGUUGGUCCGGUGGCUGGAAUUAUCGACCAGGACAUUGUGAACAGCAAUGAUUACAAUGCUGCCUGGCAGUUCCUGACUGAUAGAUUCGAAGACAGAAGGAUUAUCAUCGACAAGCACAUCGAGUGUUUGUUCAAUUUGCCGAGGAUUACCAAGGACAGCUCGGCAAAUCUUCGAAAGUUGCUUGACGUGUGCAACAAAAACAUUGAAGCCUUGAGGAACCUGAACCUCAGACUGGAAGGUCUCGGCGAACAAAUGGUCAUCAACAUCAUCUCUUCGCGGAUGGAUAAGGCAACAAGAGUCGCAUGGGAGACGCGGCAGAAGCCGGGCACGUUGCCCAGCUACAAGGAUACGAUUGCGUUCCUGCAAGAACAGUGUAAAGUGAUUGAGAAGAUUGAAUCGAACACCAAAGUGGAAAGUGUGAAACCGAAAGCGGUGGUCAAGGCCCACACGCUAGUGAACACAAGUGAACUGAAAACCGAUACAAAAAGUGAACUAAAGUGUGCUGUAUGCAAAAAUGCUCAUGAACUAUGGAAAUGCGAGAGCUUUAAGAAAAUGAACGUGAGUGAGAAAUAUAACACGCUGAAGAAAUCGGGAUGCUGCUUCAACUGCUUGCAGAGAGGUCACCGCACGAACGGUUGCACUUCAACGCACAGCUGUCGUGAUUGCGGCAAGCGCCACCACUCAUCGCUUCACACCAACGAAGUUCCCGGCUCCAGGACAUCAGAUUCGGUUGUCACAGCCGCACCGAAUACCGCCCAUGAAGAUACACGACCCCUUCGCAAGGAUUCCGAUGUCGGUACCCAAGUUGACACACCCAAAGUCGGCACUGGUACGACCCUCAGCGUUAAUGUCGGAUGUCAAACGAAGCAAAAACUGCUGUCUACUGCGGUGGUGCGGGUCCGUGGUUCCAAUUCGGUUGUGUACCCCUGCCGGGUCCUGCUGGAUUCCGCAUCGACAGAGCAUUUUGUCACCGAGCGAUUCGCUAACUUGGUCGCUCAGAAGAAGGAACCUGUUGACUACACUGUCAGUGGUCUCAACGGGACGAACACAAGAAUCCGUCGUUUGGCACGCCUGACAAUCGAAUCCCGCACCGGAGAUUUCCAUGCUGAUUUGGAAUUCCUCGUAGCACCGAGGAUUACUGGUGACAUUCCAGAAAGGUCUUUCAGCGUAGCAGCAUGGCCCAUUCCUGUCGACGUCAAAUUGGCAGACCCGGAAUUCAACCGACGAGGACGCAUCGACAUGCUCGUUGGUGCAGAAAUCUUCUGGGACGUUGUGAAGAGUAACCAGCUGAAGCUUGGAUCGAACCUGCCAUUACUCACCGACACUGAGUUCGGUUGGGUCGCCGGUGGAAUAGUUCCGUCUGACGCGCCUGUGAUCGCUCGAUCUUUCUGCCAAACGGCCGACGAAGAUUUGAGCGAAAUUCUACGAAGCUUCUACCAACUUGAGGCUUGCGAUGAGAUCCAGCAUCCGAACCAACUAUCCGACGAGCGUUGUGUAGAGCACUUCCGUGAGACCCACCAGCGAGAUCAGAACGGAAGGUAUUACGUGCGCCAUCCGUUCAACGACAGGAAAAAUGAGCUUGGCGAUUCCCUUCCUGCGGCGACGAAGAGGUUCUUCUCGCUGGAACGACGACUGGCCAGGGAACCAGCAAUCAAGGAACAGUACGCUAGCUUCAUGCGAGAAUAUGAAACCCUCGGCCACAUGAGCGCAGUAACGGUGAACGAGAAUGAGGCACCGAACUCCGCUUACUACAUACCACAUCACUGUGUAGUGAAGCCUACCAGCACCUCGACUAAAUUAAGGGUCGUUUUCGACGGCUCUUCAGCGUCUUCUUCGGGAGUGGCAAUCAACGACGCCCUGAUGUCAGGACCGAACAUCCAAAACGACUUGUUCUCUAUCCUGUUGAACUACCGAAGCUACAGGUACGUUUUCACGGUGGACGUCGUCAAAAUGUUUCGACAGGUAGGCGUUCUUCCCCCGGACACUCGAUACCAAAGAAUAGUAUGGCGCUACGAUCGGAACGAGCCACUGGUGGUGUACGAGCUUUCGACGGUCACCUACGGGCUGGCAUCGUCGGCCUUCCAAGCGACUAUGGCACUCCGCCAGGUCUCAGACGAUCAUCAGCACGAAUACCCUCAAGCGGCUAGGGUAAUCAAAAAGAGUACCUAUAUGGACGACGUGAUUGGUGGUGCGCAUACCAUCCAGGAAGCGUGCACAUUACAGCAAGAAGUAAGUGGAUUGUUGGCGAAGGGCUGUUUCGGGACGCACAAAUGGUGUGCCAAUCGGCCGGAAAUACUGCAGCACGUUGAAAAGGAACACCGUGGCACGGAUUUCAAGGUAGGUGACGCGGACUCGAUCGUUACCAAAACCCUAGGUGUCGUUUGGAAUCCUCUAGACGACUGGUUUUCGUUCUCUGUCGUCCCUGGCAACACGGAAGCUACAACGAAAAGAAAAAUCCUCAGUGAAGUUGCGAAGAUAUACGAUUUGUUGGGUUUGGUUGGCCCGGUAAUCACUGCGGCGAAAUUGAUUCUUCGAGAGGUCAGCGUACUACAAGUUGACUGGGACGACCCCGUCCCACAGGACAUCAUCCACAAGUGGCGUUGCUUCCGUGACGAAUUAAGUUGCUUGAACAGUCUACGCGUACCCAGAUGGAUUUCAACGGAAGGCGUCACAUCCAUUCAGCUACAUGGGUUUUCGGACGCCUCAGACGUGGCUUAUGGGGCAUGCCUCUAUACUCGCGUCAUCCAGGAGAAUGGCACAGUUACCAUGCAUCUAAUCUGCAGCAAAUCCAGGAUUCUUCCAAAGAAAACGGGUAAGUGCAAGCCAAUCACUACUCCUCGUGCCGAGCUGCUAGGUGCUGUGCUUCUGUCACGGCUAACUGAAAGGGCGAUUGCUGCGAUCGAUAUCGACUUCGAAUCUGUGAACCUGUGGACCGAUUCUCAGAUCGUCUGCUGCUGGAUUAGAAAACCACCGGAGGCCCUGCAACUGUAUGUCUCUAACCGAGUGAGCGAGAUCCAACGAGUAACGGGUACGUAUACUUGGCGAUACGUCCCGAGCCACGAAAAUCCAGCGGAUGUGAUUUCACGUGGUGAAUUUCCUCGGAAGCUGUUGGGCAACGUGAUGUGGUGGGGUGGACCACCCAUGCUGAAGACUGUGACGAAUACGAUUGAAGAAGUGCAACUUGAACCAUUGGCGGAAGAAGACGUGCCGGAACUGAAGACUGGUAUCUCGCUGGUUGUCACUCCUCCGAUGGGGAGACUACUGCUGUUUGACAGAGUGAACGAUUAUGACAAAAUUCUCCGUUCGAUGGCCUACUUGAUUCGAUUUGUGCGAUACGUUGUUAGCAGAAAAGAGACGAUUAUCAGUGGGCCGCUAACUGUCUCGGAAUUGAGGACCGCUCUGUUGGUAACAGUACGGUGUGUGCAGAAGGAAUCGUUUCGUCAGGAGCUGCGAUUAAUUGCUGAAGGAAGUCAAUCGAAACACCGUCUCUGCGGUCUGAAACCGUUCAUCGAUCCAGACGAUGGUGUGUUACGCGUGGGUGGACGCAUCAAACGCGCUCUGGUGGCCUACGACAGCCGACACCAAAUGCUUUUGCCUGCCGGACAUCCAUUUUCGGUGGCAAUCGUAAGGAGUAUGCACCAGUCCAAUUUGCACAUUGGUCAGAAAGGUCUUCUUGCGAUAGUGCGUCAACGGUUUUGGCCGUUGAGAGUGAAGUCAACCAUACGGAAGGUCAUCGCUAGCUGCGUCACGUGUUUUAGAGCGAAUCCUAUGAAGACGUCCCAGCUCAUGGGAGAUUUACCAUCCUACCGAGUCCAACCAGCGCCGACCUUCGCCUACACCGGCGUAGAUUUCGCCGGCCCCUUUUUGAUAAAGUCGUUCACUGCAGGUCGCCGGCCACUGGUCACGAAGGCCUAUGUUAGUCUAUUCGUCUGCAUGCUGACUCGCGCGAUCCACGUGGAGUUAGUAUCGGACCUAACGACGAAUGCGUUUUUGGCUGCUUUGCGGCGGUUCACAAGUCGUCGGGGGCUGCCUUGUAAGAUGUUUUCCGACAAUGCCACGAAUUUUGUCGGGGCACAGACCGAGCUUGAAGAGUUGGCGCGCUUAUUCAAGGAUCAGCUGCAAGCAAAGAAGAUUACGGAUUAUUGCACAAGCCAAGGGAUCGAAUGGUCCUUUAUCCCGCCUCGGAGCCCCCACUUCGGAGGCAUUUGGGAGGCCGGGGUGAAGCAGGUGAAACACCAUCUGACGAGGAUUGUCGGUGGUUACAAACUGUCAUAUGAGGAACUCUACACUACGUUGACCCAAGUUGAAGCAGUCCUAAAUUCGCGACCUUUGGUACCGUGUUCGGAUGACCCAAAUGACUACACCGCGGUUACUCCAGCACAUUUUCUUAUUGGUCGGGAGAUGAAGGCAAUCAGUGAGCCGUCCUACUUGAACCUCAAGCAGAACACGCUUUCGCGAUGGCAGUUAGUACAGACCAUCUUCCAACAUUUCUGGCGAAGGUGGACAUCUGAAUACUUACCGGAGCUCCAAAACCGAUCGAAGUGA